AUGGCAUUUAGUGCCAUGACGCAGGAUGACAUCGCCAAGAGAAUGAGUGUAGACAGAGCAGACAAGAGGUUCAAGUCCUUAGCUGAAGUCAUUCUCCAGCGAUUUUGCAAAGGUGUUUCUCUGACGCAUCAGUCUCCUGCGCUGGGCGAACACGGCUCUGAGAGGCUGGCGCCCAGGCAUGGGCCGAGCAGCCAGCCCCCUCCAGCUCAGGAAAAGCCGCAGGAGCUAACGGCCCCGGCGGGAGCGGGCCGUCAGUUUCUUUGCUCGAACCCCCUCGGUGCGGGCGGUAGUUACGGAGGGGACGGAGGGGCCAGAAGUGCGGGACCCAGCCUCGCCGAGCUCCCCGCCGCUGCCGAGGGGGACCGCGCAGCACGACCCGGCGACCCGGCGCGCCUCGUCCCUCUGGCCGCGGGGACGCUCGGCGCCCUGGAGCCAGAUUCCAGCCAGAUUAUGGCAGAUCAUAGCCACAUGCAUGAGCAGCUGGAGCUACAGAAUGGGAGCUUAGAGGGAGGCCCUGUGAUGCAUGACCUCGAGAACGGCACCCAGGACGUGAUGGAGAGCCUAAGCCCAAAGAAAUACUCUUCCAGCCUGAGAUUUAAAGCCAACGGAGACUAUUCUGGGUCAUAUUUAACCCUCUCGCAACCUGUGCCUGCAAAAAGGAGCCCUUCUCCUUUGGGAACUAAUGUCAGAAGUAACCCCUCUCUGGCCAAAAUCCAGGGAAGUAAGCAGUUCUCUUGUGAUGGAACUGACAAAAGUAUGUCCCUGAAACAUCCCACUCCCUUACUCAGCACUACCACCUCCCUGAGUGGAUAUCCACUUGGGAGAGCAGACUUGGAUCCUUAUACUGGCCGGGAUAGUGAAAGGUCCUUGAGACUCUCAGAGAAGCCUCCCUAUUCCAAAUAUAGCUCAAGGAAUAAAUCACAUGACAAUGUCUACUUUCUUGGAGGGCUGGAAGGUCGAAAGGCAUCUGGCUCACUCCUGGCCAUGUGGAAUGGAGGUUCACUGAGUGACAGUGGCCCCUCACCCACCAGCAAAUCAGGGGCGGCAAGCAUGCCUUCUAGCCCAAAGCAAGCCAGAAAAAUGAACAUUCAGGAUCACCUGACUCUUCAGCCCAAGUUAACCAGACACAAGGAACUAGCACCCGAAAACACCAGUUUAAGAACUAGGAAAUAUUCGGGCAGCAGCCUGAGUCACAUGGGAGCCUAUAGCCGAUCGCUUCCCAGGUUGUACAGAGCCACAGAGAACCAGCUGACACCUCUCAGUCUGCCUCCAAGAAACUCUCUGGGCAAUUCCAAACACGCGAAGCUGGGCGAAAAGGAUCUACCUCAUAGCGUAAUAGACAAUGACAAUUACCUUAAUUUUUCUUCUUUAAGCUCAGGGGCUUUACCCUACAAAACCUCUGUGUCUGAGGGCAAUCCCUAUGUGAGCUCCACCCUCAGUGUCCCUGCAAGUCCUCGAGUGGCUCGGAAGAUGCUUCUGGCCUCCACCUCCUCCUGUGCCUCUGAUGAUUUUGAUAGGGCUUCAUAUACGGGGACCAGCCCAGGUCACUCACUUCCUUCCGGAGAGCCGGACAGAGUGUUUGCAGCCAAGAGGAACUUCUCUUGUGGGUCUGUGGAAUUUGACGAUGCUGAUCUCGACAGUCUCAGACAGGCCUCAGGAACUCCCCAGCCUAUGCUUCGGGAACGAAAAAGCAGUAUUAGCUCCAUUUCAGGACGUGAUGACCUGAUGGAUUAUCACCGGCGGCAGAGGGAGGAAAGACUCAGGGAGCAAGAGAUGGAGAGACUGGAGAGACAGCGUCUGGAAACCAUCCUCAGUCUCUGUGCUGAAUACACAAAGCCUGACAGUCGCUUGUCCACUGGCACCACUGUGGCAGAUGUUCAGAAAAUCAACAAGGAACUCGAGAAGCUGCAGCUCUCCGAUGAGGAGUCGGUGUUUGAAGAAACCCUGGUGAGCCCUGACACAAGAUACAGGUGCCACCGGAAAGGCUCCGUGCACGAUGCAGACCUGGUCGGCUUUGGCAGCCUCAGUCAAAGCAGUGCCAGCUUCCUCACCCCCAGGAGCGGCAGGACCGAUGAACUGCUGGGUGACCUCACCAGGACUCCCCCACCACCAUCCUUUCUGAAAGCCUCCAGCGAGUCCUCUUAUCUAAGUAUCCUACCAAAGACCCCCGAGAGUAUAAGUGAAGAACAGAGGAUCCAGGAAUUGGCCGCAAUGGAAGACACCCGACUAGUAAUUCUGAACAACCUUGAGGAACUUGAAAAAAAAAUCAAAGACAUAAAUGACCAGAUGGAUGAAUCAUCCAGAGAGUUGGAUAUGGAAUGUGCUCUUUUGGGAGGAGAACAGAAAUCUGAAACAGCUGAACUUAUGAAGGAGAAGGAGAUUUUGGAUCAUCUAAACCGGAAAAUAGCAGAACUAGAGAAGAACAUUGUUGGUGAAAAAACUAAGGAGAAGGUAAAGCUUGAUGCUGAAAGGGAAAAACUAGAGAGGCUUCAGGAGCUUUACUCCGAGCAGAAGACCCAGCUGGACAAUUGUCCUGAGUCCAUGAGGGAACAGUUACAACAACAACUGAAGAGGGAUGCUGACCUACUAGAUGUUGAAAGCAAACACUUCGAAGACCUGGAAUUCCAGCAGCUUGAGCAUGAGAGCCGUCUGGAUGAGGAAAAGGAGAACCUGACCCAACAGCUCCUGCGUGAAGUGGCUGAGUAUCAGCGAAAUAUCGUGACUAGAAAGGAAAAAAUUUCUGCAUUGAAAAAGCAAGCCAACCAUGGCUCAGAGAGAACAAGAUCAUUUUGUGAAAGAAAAGAAUAAUUUAAUAAUGAUGCUUCAAAGAGAAAAGGAGAAUCUUUGUAACUUGGAAAAGAAAUACUCCAGCCUCUCUGGGGGAAAAGGGUUUCCUGUGAACCCCAGUACUCUAAAAGAGGGCUAUAUCAGUGUAAAUGAAAUUAGUGAGCCAUGUGGCAAUUCCACGAGGCUGUCCCCUUCCACUCAGUUCCCUGCUGAUGCUGAUGCUGUUGCCACUGAGUCUGCCAUGGCUGUGCUGGCGAGCCAGCCACCAAGUGAAGAGCAAAGAUCACCUGUCUGUCCUGGACUUAUGUUUCCUUCCACUCUUUCACUUCAUCCUGUCAUUCAACCUCCAUCAGCCCCUUGGCCGGAAGUCAUGGCUUCAUCUGUUGAUCCUUUCCCUUUAAAUGACACACCUCCUCCUCUACCUGCUAAGAAACACAGGAGGCAGCAGCAACCGCAGCGGGAGCCACAGCACUUUAGAAGUCUGGAAGAAAGGAAAAAACAGCAUAAAGAAGGCCUCUAUCUGAGUGACACUUUGCCUCGAAAGAAAACUACACCUUCCAUCUCCCCACAUUUCAGCAGUGCUACUAUGGGGAGAAGCACCGCCCCAAAGGCUCACCUGCCCCUAGGACAGAGCAACAGCUGCGGCAGUGUGCUCCCUCACUCGCUGGCCACCAUGGCCAAAGACUCGGAGUCCCGGAGGCUGCUCAGAGGAAAGUCCAAGAAAGGAAGAAUGAAUUCCUCAGCAGGUUAUAAUCACCAACAGAUGAGUGAAGGACAAAGGCAGAGAUCUUCCGAAUUUUACAACCGCACAGCGUCUGAAUCAAACGUCUACUUGAAUAGUUUCCAUUACCCUGAUCACAGCUACAAGGACCAGGCCUUUGACACUUUGAGCCUAGACAGCUCUGAUAGCAUGGAGACCAGUAUCUCUGCUUGUUCACCCGACAAUAUCUCUAGUGCCAGCACUUCAAAUAUUGCCAGAAUAGAAGAAAUGGAGAGACUUUUGAAGCAGGCGCAUGCAGAAAAGACACGGCUGCUCGAAUCGAGGGAACGGGAAAUGGAAGCCAAAAAACGAGCUCUAGAAGAAGAAAAACGACGCCGAGAACUCCUGGAAAAACGAUUGCAGGAAGAAACCAGCCAGAGGCAGAAGUUAAUAGAAAAGGAAGUGAAAAUAAGGGAGAAACAAAGGGCACAGGCUCGUCCUUUGACACGCUACCUGCCUGUCCGGAAGGAAGACUUUGACUUGAGGAGCCACGUAGAGACCGCUGGCCACAAUAUCGAUACCUGCUAUCAUGUAUCAAUCACAGAGAAGACCUGCCGAGGAUUCCUCAUCAAAAUGGGUGGGAAAAUUAAAACCUGGAAGAAACGCUGGUUUGUUUUUGAUCGGAACAAGAGAACGUUCUCUUAUUAUGCAGACAAGCAUGAAGCUAAAUUAAAAGGAGUUAUAUACUUUCAAGCCAUUGAGGAAGUCUAUUAUGAUCACCUCAAGAAUGCUAAUAAGAGUCCAAAUCCAUUACUCACCUUUAGUGUCAAGACACAUGACAGAAUCUACUAUAUGGUGGCCCCAUCUCCGGAAGCCAUGCGGAUCUGGAUGGAUGUUAUUGUUACUGGAGCAGAAGGUUACACUCACUUCUUAUUGUAGUGAACUGACAACAGUCCACUGCAGGGCAGACUGCAAUAAUCUUCCAACAUGAAGCCAUAUUCCAUCCCAGAUGGAAAGACCUAAGAGACCCAUUCCUUUGGUGGUUAAUGUACAACAUACACACUCAGAACUCUUUUCAUAUUAACAAGAAGUCAUUUGUAAAGAAGACAGAAGGGGUUUAAACUCAAAGCUUGAUCAUAAAUAAUAAAAGAAUUGAAGCUCCUAUGAGGAAAAAAAUUGCUAUUUUGAUAAGUAGCAUCCAUAUAGGAAUAUAUCUGGUAACUAUUCUUUUUUUUUUACCAAUUACUAGUUUUGGUGAAAUAAACUAAGUAAUUUACAAAAUGUCUGUAUAUUCUUGCAAAUAUGGGAUUAUUUAGCACCCAAACAUUGGCAUGGACAUUAUUCAGUCUAGUAAGGAACUAGUUUUUUUUUUUUAAUAAUGUAACACUUUGCUGAUGUUUAAAAAAAAAAAUACAAGAGGAUUUGGAGGGAAAAAUUGUCGUAAGAGGAAUUUUGCCUUAAUAUUUUAAUACUGCACCAAAACCAAAGAUAUGACAUGACCCUGUUUAACAGUAAUAGUUUCAAGUGUAGUGAUGAACUGCAUUUAGGGUUACUCUAUGUUUUAAUUUUAUAUUUUGAUGCCAUUAACUGCCCAGGAUAUUGAUGCUGAAGUGUCACCACCAGCAAAAGCUUCUAUCUAUCUAUCUAUCUAUCUAUCUAUCUAUCUAUCUAUCUAUCCACACUAAUAUAUACCAUAUACCCAGUUAUAUAUACUAAAUAUAAAACUGGAUAUAUAGUAAAACACUUUUUGUAAAAGAAGAGCAAAAAGAUGUGAGUUUUAGAAAGAAGCCAUCUUAGACAA